UUUAUUCAUUCUCACAAUAUUUAUUUUCUUCGUCGAAUUAAAUUAAAUUGAAUUCUAAAUCAUCGCAUUUAGAUAUAGGAAUUUUUAGUUUUUGAGUACAUCGAUAUUUUAUUUUUACAUUAAAAGAAGGAAGAGUUGGAAUAAGCCACAUAAUAAGAAGUUUAAUUUGGAAUUGAAUUCAUCGUUACAAGAUUCCAAUGUAAGACUUUUCAUGAAAUGAAGAUGAAUGUAUGUCAAGGAAAAUUUCUUAAAAACAUGAAAGGGCCAUUGGGCAAAACGGUCUUUUUCUCUGCUGUGCCAAAUUGCCAAUGAGCUCGCGGUCCUAGAUUGCCGGAAGCUCCUGCCUUUCCCUACCUACCCUAUGAGCCCAUUACCAUCUCUAACUUUUCUUUUCUUUUUAUUUUAAACGUGGCACUGUUCUACUGGACCUUGUGUUUUAACCGCCAGCUUGGAUUUUUAUUUUCUAUGCUUUUAAAAAGCAAAAACAAACAUCAGAAUCCAGGAAAGCUGUGGUAAUCUCCAGCGAAGAAAACGAAGAAGGGAAGGAUCAGGCAAGGAGGAGGGUUCUUGCAAAUUGCUAUUCGUUGGUCGGUGUCGGGUGCGCGUGGUGGUGAUAAUCGGGCUGUCUGUCAAACGACAUUGACAGCCCGACCCGAGUUUGUUUUUGUUAGAAACGUCCAAGUCCAAGCAACGCGGUGAUUCCCUUGCUUGAAAUUGUUGGCUUUCUGGGAAAUCUGGUCGCUUGGAUUGCUUGUCAUUUCCUUUUCAUAUGUUGAAUGGUGGUUGCUUGAUAUUCGCAUGAGUAUUUUGGGCGCCCUUACCAACAAUAUGGCUUCCUUGUCUGGAAUGGUUCAACGACCUCUCGUUGCGGCUGCUGCCGUUGCUGUUGCCUCGGUUUCUGCUGACAUCUCUGAUAAAUUGCCGUCUUACCGAUCCAAUGACGCUUGUUCUACAUCGGGUUUAUCACACAACACCUCCUUGCAAGAUUGGAACUCAUCCUGGGUUUCACAUAUUUUGGUUUCUAAGCUCGCAAACUUGUCCUUUAUCUCUAGAAUUCCAGUACCUGUGCCCAACAUUAACUUCCCAAUUCCUAACACGGGCUGCAAUUUUGUUCCCAAGCAGCUAUAUUCAUCAGUUGCAUCUUCACCUCUUCUUCUUAAUCUGUAUCAGUCCGCAGACCUGGUUAAAGCACGAAAGUCAGCUUCGUAUAACCAUGAUAUAUCAUCUACUUCCCCAUCUGAGGUCUCGUACAGAUGGCAUUUACCUGAACCGAAUGCCAUAGAUGUUUCAGGCGGUUCUGAUUGCUCAUCGGCAAAGUUCAGGACUGUGGUGGUUUUGCUAGGAUGGUUGGGAGCAAAGCAAAAACAUCUCAAGAAGUAUGCCGAGUGGUAUACUUCCAGGGGAUAUCAUGCUAUUACAUUUACUUUGCCCAUGUCUGACAUUCUCAAAUACCAACCUGGCGGGAAAGUUGAAGAGCACAUCGACUCGCUUGUGAGCCAUUUGGCUGAUUGGUUAGAAGAGGAACAUGGAAAGAACCUGGUGUUCCAUACUUUUAGCAAUACUGGAUGGUUAACGUAUGGGGUAAUUUUGGAGCAGUUCCAGAAGCACAAUCCUUCUCUAAUGGGCAGGAUUCGGGGCUGCGUUGUGGAUUCUGCACCUGUUGCAGCACCUGACCCCCAGGUCUGGGCUUCUGGUUUCUCUGCAGCCUUUCUGAAAAAGCGUAGUGUAGCAGCAAAAGGAACAAUGGACUCAAAUGAGUCAGGGAUGGAUGCUUUGGUUGGCAGCAAUAAUGGAGUAGUGGCACCCAAACCUGCAGUAACCGAAGCAGCUUUGCUAGUAGUCUUGGAGAAGUUCUUUGGGGUGGUUUUGAAAUUUCCUAGAGUGAACAGGAGGCUUUCUGAUGUGUUGAGCCUAUUGUCAGCUCGCCAACCAAGUUGUCCGCAAUUAUAUAUCUACAGCUCUGCAGACACGGUGAUUCCUGCAGGGUCAGUGGAAUCAUUCAUAAAGGAGCAAAAGAGGGCGGGACAUGAGGUUAGGGCUUGCAACUUUGUGUCGACGCCGCACGUUGAUCAUUUCAGAAACGACCCAAAACUGUACACUUGUGAGCUAACCGGGUUUCUUGAGGACUGCGUGCUUCCUUGUUGCAAACAGUCGCAUUGAUUGAUCGAAACCAUGGAGUCACCGAAGAUGAUUCUAAAAUUCUUUUUGUUAUGCUUAAAUUUACACAGCAUAUCCAAUUAAUUCAUUUGUGUAGAGGUGGUUGAAUGCAACACAGCAUAUCCAUUUUCCGUUGUUUGUUUUCACAUCACAUGUUACAGACAACAUAUACAAACAGAUUAUUCUCAUCGAUCAACUGUCAAGUUUUACCAAAUGAUGAAUGAUGAUGUUAGUUGCACCCAA